AUGACGUCACACUUUGAGGAAUUGACAGACCAGGGCAAUAACAAUCAAAACAUCUCACAAAACCCGUUUGCAGCUCUCUUCAGUACCCUCGCUGAUGCCAACCAGUUUGCAUCCGACCAAAAGCAACGACAUCAAGCUGAGCAACAAUAUUCUCAGGGGAGCCAGUCUGAGUCAGACAACUCUGUGUCUGACAGCACUGAUGACAAUGAUGACUCAGUGGGAGAGAUCAGUCGAUCUUUCCGCUCACGACAGGAGCUCUGUGAGCAGCUCUAUGUCAACCACAUGAUCCAGAGGAUCUUCCUCAUCACUCUAGACAACAGUGAUCCCAGUCUUCGAGGUGGUAAUGGCAUCCCACCAUGUUGCGUUUAUCUAGAGGAAAUGGCAGCCGAGCUUGAUGGCCAGGACUGGCUGAACAUGGACACCAUUGGGAAGGCUUUGUUCAACAGACUGCUUUUGCAGGAGCCAGAAAAUCAUCUAAUUUACAUGACCUCCUGCAGUGUAGUGAACCUCUCAGCAGAUCGUGAUGCUGGGGAGAAACGGGCCAUAACUUACCUUUAUGCCUGCUACCAGAGAGCUAAAGAAGAGAUCACUAAAGUCCCAGAGAAGCUGUUGUCGUAUGCUGUGUGCUGUAAAAACCUGACUGUGUCCCAUGCCUGCACGGUGCUGCUGACCCCAGAGAUCUACGUCAGUCAGAACAUUUAUGAGCAACUUUUGGACCUGUUGCUAGAGGCUGUCAGAGGAGCCCGGUUUGAGGAAGUGGUGGAGUUUUUGGAGGGGCUCAUUGCUUGUCUGUUGGCUGACCAAGAGGUGCAGACCUUCGGGGAGGUGAUGGUGCCAGUGUUUGAUAUUUUCCAAGGCCGGGUCAGAGACUUAGACCUUUGUCAGCUGAUGCUAUACUCCUACCUGGAAAUUCUCCUGUAUUUCAGUCGGCAAAAGGACAUUGCUAAGGUAUUAAUAGAGCACAUUCAACCCAAAGAUCCUAACAAUGGACUUCAGUAUCAGAAAACUCUUCAGGGAACCAUCCUGAAUAUUUCUUGUAUGCUGAAAACCCCUAGAGUGGUUGAUAACCAUGGGUUUUUCCUCAAUCCUUCUCGCUCCAGUCCACAGGAAAUGAGGGUUCAAGAGUCAGAUAUACACCAGUUUGUGGGGCAGUUUCAUGAGAAGCUCUAUCAGAUCCUGAAAAACUUGCUCCAGCAGUCCAGCAAGACUCGUCACCUGCUGCUCUCAUGGCUGGGUGGCUGCCUGCAGGCCAACAUGGGGCGGACCAUAAUCUGGGCAAACCAGAUGCCCGAGAUAUUCUUCCAAAUGUAUGCUUCUGAUGCAUUCUUCCUAAAUCUGGGAGCUGCACUGCUCAAACUCUGCCAGCCUUUUUCUCUCCCCUACUCCCCCAAACUCUUUACCUUCAACCCCAUGUACUGCUUACUGAAGGAACUGAGUGAAGAAGAGCGGCAGAACAGAAAUGUGCAUGCCAGAGGUCUGGACAAGGAGACAUGUCUGAUACCUGUGCCCCCUCAACAAACAAUUGAAUUUGCCCAAUCAUACAGCCUUCUCACAGAAAACCUCAUCCUUACACAGCUUACCAUGUACCUGGGCUUCCAUGGAUUUCAUGAUCAGAUGGUGAAGAUGAAUCAGUCUCUGCACCGGUUGCAGGGAACAUGGCGGGACACACAGCUCAGCGGUGGCCCAGCAGCGGAGCUACGUGAGCUGUUUGAAUGCCUAAUGACAAUCUAUCUCUCCAUUAAGGCUGUAACCACGCAGCCUGCCAUGCUACAAAACUGCCUCAAACUCCAAGCCUCCUGUGCUGCCCUGCUGGUUCAGCUCAGCCUGGGCAACCUGGGCCCUGAGCACAUCCCUGUCUCCUUUCCCCUGCCCACACUAGAGAACAGUCUGCUAUGCUUUGUUCCUGAGUUCUUUGCAGAAAACAUGGGUGAUUUCUUCAUAUUUCUCCGGCGCUUCGCUGAAGAGGUCUUGGAGUCAUCGGCUGAAAGCUUAGAACAUGUCCUGACCUUCAUCACUGUGUUCAUGGGCAACGCUGAGAGAAUGAAGAAUCCUCACUUGCGGGCAAAGCUGGCAGAGGUUCUUGAGGCUGUGAUGCCCCAUAUGGAGUCUGUUUCAUCUGGCACUGCCCAGCCUAUCAUGUUCCAGCGACAAAGGUUGUUCAGCUCAUAUCGGCAUGCACCUCAGCUUGCUGAAGCCCUUAUUACAGUGUUUGUGGAUAUAGAGUUCACUGGCGAUCCUCAUCAGUUUGAGCAGAAGUUUAAUUACAGGAGGCCAAUGUAUGCCAUUCUGAAGUACAUGUGGGGAGAAGAGAAUUACAGGGAGAGCAUUAAGCGGCUGGCAGAUUAUGCAUCUGAAAACCUUGAGGCCAUGAAUCCACCACUCCUCCUGAGGUUUUUGAUCCUCCUCAUGAAUGAUGCCAUCUACUUACUUGAUGAGGCUAUACAGUACCUAAGUAAGAUCAAAAUCCUCCAGCUGGAGAGGGAUUGCGGGGAGUGGGACAGUCUGGCCCCUGAUGCCCGCAGAGAGAAAGAAUCUAGUCUGCAGAUGUUGGGACAGCUGGGUUGCUUUCACAACAUAAUGUCAAAUGAGACCAUUGGCACCUUGGCUUUCCUGACAUCUGAGAUAAAAGGUCUUUUUGUUCAACCUUUUCUUGCCGAGAGGAUCAUCUCAAUGCUCAGUUACUUUUUGCAGCACCUGGUGGGCCCCAAAAUGAGUGCCCUGAAGGUGAAAGACUUCAGUGAAUUUGACUUCAAGCCUCAGCAGUUGGUGUCAGACAUUUGUACUAUUUACCUAAACCUGAGGGAUGAAGAAAAUUUCUGCACCACUGUCCCAAAAGAUGGCAGGUCAUAUUCUCCCACUCUCUUCUGCCAAACUGUCCGUGUCCUCAAGAAGAUCAACAAUCCCGGUGACAUGAUUGUAUCUUUCAGUCUCCUAGCAGAUAAAAUUAAGUUUUUGGCAGACAGGCAUCAGCAAGAGGAGGAGACCUACUCUGAUGCUCCAGAUGAAUUUCUGCAUCCUAUCAUGUCUACCUUGAUGCUUGAUCCAGUGCUGCUACCUUCUUCAAAUGUUACAGUGGUCCGCUCAACAAUAGCACGCCACUUACUAAGUGACCAGACAGACCCUUUUAACCGCAGUCCACUUACCAUGGACCAGAUCAGGCCUAAUGAAGAGCUCAAGCAACAGAUCAUGAAGUGGCUUGCUGAGCAUAAGCAAAGGAACCAGCAAAUGGGACCUAGUGGCUAAACCAUAUUACUCCCUUCCCCCAGCACCCAGGCAUGCUCUGUAUGACUAAGCCAUUCAGAUUUUUCUGACCUCUAUCAUAUAGCGCUUUGGAAAGUGAAAAUUUAACCACACGUGGAGGAACAUGUUUACAUUUAUGGUGUUAGUGUUCUCCUCAAAGGUCAAAUGCAAAUUUCCAAAUGCCAUAUCACAGUAACAUAUUAUGCUAUCUGCUCUUUCAAACUCAUUGGAGCAUCUUCUAAUGUUUCAGGUCUAUGCAGGAAAAACUUAAAUCACUAACAAUUGGAGUCACUUCUUCUGUUACAUUUUGCCUUUUCAAGUUGUUCACAGUGAGAAAUGAGGAUUGUGUGGGUUUAUAGACAGAAAACAUAUUAUUAGGUUUGCUUAUCUGUUCAGUGCAUUUGCCCACCUCUAACUUAAUUAAUAUGCUAACAAUAUUUUAUAUGCAUUGCUCAUUCAUAAACGUUUUAAGUUAGAAUAUAAACAGUGUGUUCAUGAUGCCUCAUUUGAAAAUAAAGAAGGGGUUGUGGCAGUAUUGAUUAGAAAAAUGAAUUCAAACCAGUGUUGACUGCACUGUCAUAAACUAUUUGGCUUUUUGGAAAUAUUUAGAAUUUCAGCUUUUUUAUAAUUUUUUUUUUGUUUUGUUUUUUGGGCUGGUUGGUAACUGUACCAUUUGUCAAAAUGCUUCUGUUAGAAACAUUUUAUGCUUGGAACUUAACAUAUAAUAUAACACAUUUUUAUGAGACUCAUUACGUAUACUGAGCUCUUGUUGAAAUGUUGGGAAAUACCCCUUUACAUUUUACAAGAAUCCAUUGUGUGUUUUUUAACAGUGCAAUAUGUCCCAAGUUAUGACUUAUUCGAAUGCUGAGUCAGAGCUCAAAGCCUCAGUAACCUACUCUCAUUUAGAAUUACAUCAUGUCUCUUUUGUUAACAGUUGCGAAACUGCAUGCCCUGGGUGGUUGGACCUUGCUACUGAAAUGGAUGUCUUAAAAGAUGACACUGAUAAGACGCUGGCCACUGUCCUCCCUUUUUCAUUAGAUUGAGCCAUCAAAAAGCAGUUGGGGUAGAGUACGUCUGAACUGGUUCAUUUCAGUGAGAAUUGGUUGGGUUUAAUUCAAACAAUGAAUUUGACCCCAUGAAUUCAUAAAGAAAAUAGAAUGCUCCAGGGCCUGUUGUGGUAUUUCUGCCUGUUGAGUUUUCCAUAUGCACACUUAAAUACCUUAAUGGCUCUUUUAAACAUUGAUUUAAUUUAACUGCAAUGUUUGUGUUGGACAUAGUUUUGUAAAAUAAAAUGAUUUGUUUUGGAUAAUUUUAUGGAUGGUUAUCAUUUAAAUACAUGCUAACAUGUUCCUCUUGAUUUUACAACAACCAGAUGUUCUACUAUGUUCUUCAACUGACUGGAUGAAUGGUUUAGUUAAUUGAUUGUCCUGAAAUGUUUGGUCCAACUUAAAUUGAACUACUGUAAAUAAUAGCAAAACUUGGAUUAAGGACUAAAGUUACUUUUUUUUUAUAGAUUACAUGAUUACAUAUUAACAAGGCAACGGCAGUAAAUUGUUAAUAAUUUAUUGAUCAUUUUCAUAUCAAUAUCAAUCAUAUUCUUAACCUGAAGUGCAGUAGUCUCCCGGAUGAACAUUUUGAGCAUGUGCUCCUUUUAAGUUACAACAGAAAGAUAUGCACCUCAGCUAAGGAACAGGUGAUGGACUAUUACUAAGUAGUAAAGGUUAAAAGUGUGUCAGACUUUUGAGCUGUUAGCUUUGACUUAGCAAUGUCAUUGCUGUCGAUUUCAGGUUCAUUGCUGUUUGUUCAUGUAAUAUUUCUAUUGUUUUAUGCACUUAAAAUGAACUAGAUAUGUUUUAAAUGUAUGUGCAGCAAUAUUGAACAAAGCCCAUCGCUCUACUGUUGCUGCUGAUGCAGUGGAGUCCACUGCAUGAAACGACAUAAAACUUGACACAAUUGUUCCUUGUGUGACUCGGUGGAACUCUGCUGUUUUCAGAUAUUCUGCUCUUUUAGAAUAUUCUUGCUGUUCAAACGAUAAUAUCUUGCACCUCAGCUUUGGAAUAGGUGAUGGACUAUCAGUAAGCAGUAAGGGUUAAAAGUG